AUGGCUGCGAUAUACGCCGUGUACACCUCCCCGUCACACCCGCCCAUCCCCAACCAUCUCCCCACUCUCAUUGUCACGCCCCACGAAAACUAUCUCCUAACACCCUCGCCCCAAGGCGAUCUCUGCGUCGCCAAGCUCUUCCCGCCCCGCCCCCGCGAGCCAGGCAAGGCCUCUGCCUCAGAUCCCGGCCACUCCUCCCCCUCGGCCUCCCGCGUCGUCCGCUGCGAGGCCUCCCGCAAUCUCAAGUGGUCCAUCGCAAACACCGGCGUCAUCUCCCCCAUAUACAAGCUCUCUCUCCCCUCCCCGGAUUCCCCAGAUCUCCCCCUUUUCCAGGUCUCAAAGCCAAAUCCAAAUGCCGCCUUUUGGAGCAUGUUCUACUUUGCCUAUGCCGGCCACAACAUCCCUCCAAAGCGCAUAGAGUUUGGCAAGAUCCAGAAGAAUCCACCCGGUCCCAAUGGCGGCGGCACCCGUAUCAGUAUCACUGGAAAGACUCCAGAGGAAAAGGCCGUUUGGCAGACCCUCGGUGAGGGCAACGAAGACUGCGUCGAGUGGGUCGUCCUCUGCGCCGCCCUCAACCUCCUCGACGACGAGAUUAUGAAGGCUGCUGAAAAGAAUCCUCCCCCGCCCUCGGGCCCCAAUCCCCGUUCUGCGCCUGUAUCCCUGCGCGAUCCCGGUCCGGCAGGCGGCGCUCCUCCUCCUCCUGCUGGUCGCCCAGGUCCUGGUCCAGGGCCAGGUCCAGCGCCCGGUCAAGGUCCCCCGCCGCCAGGCCAACAACAGCGUCCCCCGCCCCCGCCCAACGCCGGCCCUGGUCCAGGCCCCCGCCCUCCCGGUCCUCCAGGCAACUACGCGCCCCCGCCCCGCGGUUUCCCUCCCGGCCAGGGUCCCCCGCCCGCUGGAUACGGUCCCCCAGGCCAAGGCCCGCCCCCGCCAGGAGCAUACGGUCCACCAGGCGGUCAAGGUCCUCCUCCCCCAGGCUUCCGUCCCCCGCCUCCUGGUCAAGGUCCCCCAGGCGGGUUUGGCCCCCCAGGCCAGGGUCCUCCUCCCCCAGCUGGCUAUGGGCCUCCAGGUGGUCCUGGGCCCUAUGGUCCUCCUCCCCCAGGCAUGGGUCCUGGCCCUGGUGGCCGCCCUGGUCCCGGUCCCGGUCCUGGCGGCCCACCACCCCCAGGCGCAUACGGCGGUCGCCCUCCUCCCCCGCCCAACGCUAUUCCCCCCGGCCAGCAGGGCCCACCACCCCAACAAAUCCGCCGGUUCUAG